AUGAAAAAUAAAACUUUAUUGACUGAAUUCAUUCUUCUAGGUCUCACAGAUGUCCCUGAACUUCAGGUGGCAGUUUUCGCUUUUCUUUUUCUUGCUUACUUAUUCAGCACCAUUGGGAACCUAGCCAUCCUCCUCCUCACCCUGCUGGACUCCCGCCUUAACACGCCCAUGUAUUUCUUUCUCCGGAACUUCGCCUUCUUAGAAAUUUCUUUCACAAACAUCUUCAUUCCCAGGGUCCUAAUCAGCAUUACAACAGGAAACAAGAGUAUUAGCUUUGCUGGCUGCUUUACUCAGUAUUUCUUUGCCAUCUUUCUUGGGGCAACAGAGUUUUAUCUUCUGGCUGCUAUGUCCUACGAUCGCUAUGUGGCCAUAUGCAAACCCCUGCAUUACUUGGCCAUCAUGAGCAACAGACUCUGCACCCAGCUGAUCCUCUGCUCUUGGCUGUCCGCGUUAAUGGUCAUUACACCGCCGAUCACAUUGAUGAGUCAGCAGGACUUUUGUGCAUCUGACAGAUUAAACCAUUAUUUCUGUGACUUUGAGCCUCUUCGAGAGCUCUCCUGUUCCGACACAAGCCUCAUAGAAAAGGUUGUCUUUCUGGUGGCAUCUGUGACCCUGGUGGUGACACUGGUACUGGUAGCCCUCUCCUACACACUCAUCGUCAGGACAAUUCUAAUGCUCCCUUCAGCCCAGCAGAGAACCAAAGCCUUUUCCACGUGUUCUUCUCACAUGAUUGUUAUCUCCCUCUCUUACGGAAGCUGCUUCUUCAUUUACAUUAAGCCGUCAUCGAAAGAAGGGGGUGCGUUCAAUAAAGGAAUAGCCCUGCUCAUUACUUCAGUUGCUCCUUUACUGAACCCCUUCAUUUAUACCCUGAGGAACCAACAGGUGAAACAAGCAUUCAAGGAUGCAGUCAAAAAGCUUGUGAAUUGUUAA